UUUUGUUGAUCAUAAAUUUUGUUAUGUAAUUGAUGAAUUUUUGCUAAAUCCUUUAUGGGGUUUAGCUGAUAGUAAUUUUGUUAUGUACUUCUAAACAAGCAUAUGCACAAAAGUGAUGUAGGACUUUAGUAAAUGUUUUGGACCGGCGGUGAAUUUGAUGAAAUUAAAGUGAUAGUGUAAUUUUGUAAAAGUUUAUAAGUAUAGUUUUUGUUGAAAUUACAGUGGCAUAUUAUGAUUCUGCCAAAUUCACCGUCAAUCAAAUAUGCACUUAGAAGUGUAUGUUUUCUUAAGGUUGUUUUCAUGUAUGUGUUAGGUAGAUGAUGUAAGAUAUAGUGUAUGUUUGGUAUCACGAUGGGUGUUGCUUCUGUAAAAUCACGAUGAAUCACCGUGAUUGUGACAUACUCACUAUGAAGUGCUUGUUUUGAUGUUUUAUAUUGAUGAUGUUUCAGGAAGUAGUAUGAGAGCUAAGAGUUUGAUAAUUAAGAGGAAGCUUAGUAUUAGAAGGAAAUUGAAGAAGAUGAUAAAGUGUGUGUGUUCAAGGGAUAAGUUAAGUGUCGAUGAAAUGAAUUAUUCAUCAGAAUCUCUUGCAACUAGGGACUAUUCAGCAACAGCAAGUGGUUAUUCAUCUCAUCCUGGUGAAAAUGGAACAAAGGUUGAUAAUAGUAACAUUGAAGAAGCAGAGUCAUCUCUUCGUGAAAGUGGUUAUUUGAACUAUGAGGAAGCUAGAGCCUUGUUAGGAAGACUUGAGUAUCAGAAAGGCCACAUUGAAGCUGCACUUCUAGUAUUUGAAGGAAUAGACAUUGCUUCUGUCAUUCCCAAGAUGAAAAUGUCUAUAUCUAAAAGAUGUGAAUCCAAUAAUAAACACCGUCCGCAAAGUGAUUCAGCGCCUUCUAUGUCAAUACAUGCUGUUAGUUUACUUCUUGAAGCUGUUUUCCUCAAAGCUAAAUCAUUGCAGACUCUCGGAAGGUUUCAAGAAGCUGCUCAAUCAUGCAAAACUAUUUUAGACACUAUUGAAUCUGCACUACCAGAAGGCUGGCCUGAAAACUUUGUUUCGGAUUGUAAAUUACAAGAGACGGUAACAAAUGCUGUUGAACUGCUUCCAGAAUUAUGGAAACUUGCAGGCUCACCUCAAGAUGUUAUCUUAUCUUUUAGAAAAGCAUUAAUUUAUCAUUGGAAUCUUGACAAUGAAGCAACUGCAAGAAUACAAAAGGAAUUUGCGUUGUUUCUUUUGUACAGUGGUUACGAAGCGGACUCUCCUUCACUUCGGUCGCAAUUGGACGGUUCGUUUGUGCCAAGAAACAACAUAGAAGAAGCUAUUCUUCUACUUCUGAUUCUGCUGAGAAAAUCAAAAGAUUCUUCAAUAAUUCAUCACCUUUCUUUUGCUCUAAGUGUUUGUGGUGAAUUCGUGACGCUAGCUCAAGAGGUUGAGGAAUUACUUCCAGAAACAAUGGAGAGAAGAGAAAGAUAUUAUACUCUAGCACUUUGUUACUGCGGCGAAGGUCAGCAUAUAGUUGCAUUGGAUCUUUUGAGGAACUUUAUGAAUAAUAGAGAGAACUCAGUAUACUCAGAUUGCAUAGAGGAAUUACUUUUAGCUUCGAAAAUUUGUGCAGACAAUAAGGUUUGUGUCGAAGACGGAAUCGAAUUUUCAAGCAAGGCUAUUUCUCAGAUGAAUGGAAAAUGCAAUCAAAUUGAAGCUAUUGCGAAUUGUUUACUAGGUGUUCUACUGUCUGCAAAAUCAAAAUCAGCUUCUUCUGAAUCAGAAAAAGCUUUGAUGCAGUCUCAAGCAUUCAGUGCUCUAAAAGCUUCUGAGAGAAUGAUGAUGGAAAAUGAUCCUUAUAUUGUUCUUAAUCUUUGUCUGGAAUAUGCUGAACAUAGGAAUUUGAGAAUUGCUUAUAAUCAUGCAAAGAAAUUGGUUAAGCUGGAAGGUGGGUCUAGUAUUAGUGGAUAUAUACUACUAGCACGGAUUUUAUCGGCUCAAAAAAAGUUUGUUGAUGCCGAGAUUGUUAUUGAUGCUGCUUUAGAUCAAUGCGGAAAAUGGGAUCAAGGAGAAUUGUUGAGAACUAAAGCUAAGAUUCAGAUUGCACAGGGAAGAUUGAAAAAUGCUAUUGAGACAUACACUUUUUUUCUUGCUGUUCUUCAAGUCCAAAACAAAAGUCUAGGCACUGCAAACAAGAUUAUGAAGUGUAAGAGAAAUCGCGACAGAAGACUUGAAAUGGAAGUGUGGCAUGAUCUAGCCAAUGUGUACACAGCUUUAUCACAUUGGCGCGAUGCUGAAGUUUGUCUUGCUAAGUCUCAAGCUAUUGAUUCAUAUUCUGCUUCUAGAUGGCACUCCACAGGUUUACUUUAUGAAGCAAGAGGUCUUCAUCAAGAAGCAUUGAAAUCAUUUAGAAAAGCAUUAGAUAUUGAGCCAAACCAUGUGGAAAGUUUGAUAUCAACAGCCUGUGUUCUGAGAAAACUUGGUGGUCAAUCAUCAUCUUCAAUUGUUAGAAACCUUCUGACAGAAGCAUUAAGGCUUGACAGAACAAACUCAUCUGCAUGGUACAAUCUUGGACUUCUCUACAAAGCUGAUUUGGGGUCAUCAGCAUUGGAAGCUGCUGAGUGCUUUGAAGCAGCUGUUUUUCUUGAAGAAUCUUCUCCCAUUGAACCCUUUAGAUAACACUUUCUUUUCAUUUUACUUUAGGUGAUUGUAAAGUUGGUUUUUUGUUUUUCUUACUAAGCUAAAGUUGGUUUAUUGAAUAGUAAAAGGAGAAACAACUCUGGUAAAUAUUUCUUAUUAGUUUAUGUAAGUAAUCAUUAUAUUCCCUUUGGGUUGAUUGAAAUAUAGGUUCAAGCUUAUGUUUUUGUGCAACA